UAAUGCCUCCCAAAGUCGACCCAAAUGAAGUUAGAUUGAUCAACAUUAAAGUUUUUGGAGGAGAAGGUGGUCCUGCUUCCACUCUUGCUCCCAAAUUGGGACCUCUUGGUCUUGUAAUUAUUAUUGCUUAUCAAACAGAAUCCAAAAUAAGUUGGUGAUAAGAUUAUUGCUGAAAGUGGUAAAUGGAAGGGUAUCAGAGUUAUGGUUAAUUUGAGAUGUUAAAACAGAAAUGCUGAUGUCACAGUCAUUCCAACAUCAAGUGCAUUACUUAUUAAAGAAAUUGGAGUAAAACAUCAAAUUUAUCUAUAUUAUAGGGAUAUGAAAGAGAUAGAAAGAAGACCAAGAAUGUUAAACAUAAUGGAAAUUUGACACUUGAAUAAGUCAUUAAAGUUGCCAGAGCCAUUGAAGACAAGUCUUUAGCUAAAACCUUCACCGGAACUGUUAAAUAAGUCUUAGGAACUGCAUAAUCCUUGGGAGCUACAGUUGAUGGUUAAACAGUUAAGGCAAUUAUCGGAAAAAUCAAUUCUGGAGAACUUAAAGUUGAAAAAUGAU